CAGUUCCCAAUAUUCGCUGUCACUCCCCAUCGGUACUCAUCAAAUCUCAUUUCCCUUUCUUCUUCUUCUUCUUCUUCUUCUUCUUCUUCUUCUUCUUCUUCUUAAGACAGAAUACUGAUCAAGAAGCACUAGCUAGCAAGUGAUCAAAUUAAAAGCACUUCCUCAGAUCAUAUUGCUCAACUACGUACAACAAUUAAUCGAUCUAUCCACAACCACGUCGUUUUUCCAGGAUUUCCCGCAUUCUUCUUCUUCUUCUUCUUCUUCUUCUUCGGCCUUCCGAUCAAGAAAAAUGCAAGAAAGCCCAUCACGAGCCACACGGCGACGAAGAUUCGCCGUGGACGACGGCGCUGAUCUAAUCGACUGCUCCGGCAAGCAUUGCCGGUCGUGCACCGCCGGGUUGGUGGCGGAUUGUGUCGCCGUGUGCUGCUGUCCGUGCUCGGUGGUCAGCUUCUUGGCUCUGGCUUUGGUCAAACUGCCGUGGAUGGUCGGACGGCGGUGUCUCCAGCAGGCGAGGAAGAAGAGGAAGAAGAGGAAAUUGGUUCGCCGGAGAGGGGAAUGCGACGGCGCUACGGCGGCGGAAACCGGUGGGUGUGUGGGAAAUGAAAAGGGAUUGCCGGAAAUUUCGCCGGGAUCGGGCGAGGAAGAUGAAACGACGGGGAAUUUUAGUGCAAGAUUUGAAGCAGAGAGGAUUUGGUUGCAAUUGUAUCAAGUGGGUCAGUUGGGAUUUGGAAGAGUUUCUUUCACUGGGAAUUCAAAUCUUUGGCCUAAUUCCAAUUAAUCUCUCUAAAUUUAAUUACUCUCAUUUGUAAAGUUAGU